UCCAGCUGCAGCAGACAGAGGUUGGAGAGAGGAACAGAAGAGCGAAGCAGGACAAUAGCAGACAAAAGGUUUCCUACAGGACGGAGGCAGGACGCUGUAUGUCGCCGGGACUCUGUGGAGGUUUGUUUUGGUGAAGAAAAGCCGUGCAUGGAGAGAAACCCGGAGUACCGACCCUCACUGAACCCCGAGAGCCGCCAGCAGCAGCCCGCCGCCGGCAUGAGCCCGACCCGGAGCCCCGUCCUCCUCCUCGGCCUGCAGCUGCUGCUGUCCGCUCGCAUCCAGGUUUCUUCGGCUUCGGGACACUUUGAGCUCCAGAUGUUGUCGAUGCAGAACGUUAACGGGCAGCUGCUGACGGGCGCCUGCUGCGACGGAUCCCGGGACGUGCCGGACGGACGGUGCACGGCGGACGAAUGCGACACCUACUUCCGGAUCUGCCUGAAGGAAUACCAGCUGAAGGUGUCGUCGGCCGGUCCGUGCAGCUUCGGCUCCGCCUCCACACCUGUCCUCGGUGGAAAUACCUUCUCUGUCGCUGGGAACGACAAAGCAGCCGGCAUCCUGCUACCGUUCAGCUUCGCCUGGCCGAGGUCAUACACGUUGAUCGUGGAAGCCUUGGACUUCAACAACGACUCGUCCUCCGGCAGUGUUGGCGGGGCGUUGAUUGAGAAAGCCGUCCACUCUGGGAUGAUAAACCCCAGCCGGCAGUGGCAGAGCCUGAAGCAUAACGGCCCAGUUGCUCAGUUCCAUUUCCAGGUCCGCCUCAGCUGCGAUGAGCACUACUACGGCUUCGGAUGCAACAAGUUCUGCCGGCCACGAGACGACUUCUUCGGCCACUACGAGUGCGAUCCCAACGGCAACAAAACGUGCCUAGAGGGCUGGUCUGGGCCGAACUGCAACACCGCGAUCUGCAGACAGGGCUGCAGCACAGAACAUGGAUCCUGUAAAGUUCCUGGAGAGUGCAAGUGUUUGUAUGGCUGGCAGGGGGAAUACUGUGAUCAGUGCAUCCCUCAUCCCGGCUGUGUUCACGGUGGCUGUGUGGAACCCUGGCAGUGUCUCUGUGACACCAACUAUGGAGGACAGCUGUGUGAUAAAGACCUGAACACGUGUGGGACACGGCAGCCAUGUUUGAAUGGAGGAACCUGCAGCAACACGGGACCAGAUAAACACCACUGCUCCUGUCCUGAAGGCUUCUCUGGGGUCAACUGUCACAGAGUGGACCACGCCUGCCUCUCUAACCCUUGUCUGAAUGGAGGAAGUUGUGCAGAAACCAGUCAGGGUUUUGAGUGUCGCUGUGCCCCCGGAUGGACUGGACCUUUCUGCUCCAUCAACGUGGACGAGUGUCUGGUGAACCCCUGCAGUCAUGGGGGGACCUGCCAAGACCUGGUUAAUGGUUUCAGGUGCCUCUGUCCUCCUCAGUGGGCCGGAAAGACCUGCCUCAUUGAUGCCAACGAGUGCGACGACAGCCCCUGCGUCAAUGCCAACUCGUGCCGGAAUCUGAUUGGAGGUUACUUCUGCGAGUGCCUUCCUGGUUGGACGGGCCAGAACUGUGACAGCAAUAUCAACGACUGUCACGGCCAGUGUCAGAACGGAGCCAAAUGCAGGGACCUGGUUAAUGGAUAUAAGUGUGUCUGUGCUCCUGGUUUUGGUGGUGAACAUUGUGAGGAAGACGUGGAUGAGUGUGCCAGUGGACCAUGCCUCAACGGAGGGCGAUGCCACGACGAAGUUAACGGCUUCCACUGCCUGUGUCCACCGGGUUUCUCUGGAAGUCGCUGUCAGCUGGACAUCGAUUACUGCCUCCACAGCCCAUGUCAAAAUGGUGGUCAGUGCUACAACCUGGUGUCUGACUACAUCUGUAAAUGUCCUGAAGACUACGAAGGCAGGAACUGCUCACACCUGAAGGACCACUGCCGCACGACACCCUGCAAAGUGAUUGACAGCUGCACGGUGGCUGUGGUGUCCAACAGCACACCGACGGGGGUGCGUUUGAUCUCGUCCAACGUGUGCGGACCCCACGGCCAAUGUCGGAGCCACAGCGGGGGACAGUUCAGCUGUGAAUGUGAGGAGGGAUUCACCGGGACCUACUGCCAUGAGAAUAUAAAUGACUGUGAGAGUGCCCCCUGUCUGAACGGAGGAACUUGCAUAGAUAAAGUCAGUCAGUAUAAGUGUGUUUGUGCUGAAGGCUUUGAUGGACCCACCUGCCAACACAACAUCGACGACUGCAGCUCCUCUCCUUGUCAGAAUCGAGGCGUCUGUCGAGAUCUGGUCAGCGAUUACUACUGCGAGUGCAGCAACGGCUGGAAGGGAAAGACGUGUCACUCCAGAGAGAGCCAGUGUGACGAGGCGACCUGUAACAACGGAGGAACCUGCUAUGACGAAGGAGACACCUUUAAGUGUGUGUGCGUGGCUGGCUGGGAGGGAUCCAGCUGCAGCAUCGCAAAGAACAGCAGCUGUUUGCCGAGUCCCUGUGAGAACGGAGGGACCUGUGUGGUGGACAGAGACUCGUUCAGCUGCUUCUGUAAGGAGGGCUGGGAGGGCGCCACCUGCAGCCACAAUGCCAAUGACUGCAGCCCUAAUCCUUGUUACAACAGUGGUACUUGCGUCGAUGGGGACAACUGGUAUCGAUGUGAAUGUGCUCCAGGGUUUGCCGGCCCAGACUGCAGAAUCAACAUCAAUGAGUGCCAGUCUUCUCCCUGUGGAUUCGGCUCAACCUGCGUGGACCAAAUUAAUGGUUACCACUGCAUCUGUCCUCCAGGAAGGACUGGAACCCGCUGCCAAGACGUGUUGGGGAGGCCCUGUGUGCUCGGAGGGCUGCUGGCUCUGGAUGGAAGCAGAUGGGACGACGACUGCAACAGCUGCAGCUGCAAUAACAGAAAAGUUACCUGCACCAAGCGCCGGUGCGGACCUAAACCCUGCAGCCUCCUCAGUAGGACUCGUGGUGCAGAGUGUCCGGCUGGUCAGACUUGUGUUGCCGUCCGUGAAGAACGCUGUUUCAUCAAACCCUGCCCCGGCCAGGGGGAGUGCUGGGACCCCACCCAGGGCGCCACGCCCUCGACUAGGUGUCACCCAGAGAGCAGCUGUGCUAACGUCAUCUUCACCUUCAACAAGGAUGUCAUGGCAAAGGGGGUGACGGUGGAGCAGGUCUGUCGCGAGCUCAGAAGCCUCUACAUCAUCAAGAACCUGUUCUCUUCUGAUUCCUCCAUCUCUAUGAGCUGUGAAAUGUCGCUCAGCACAAGCAAUGAGAUCCACGUAGCCAUUUCGACAGACGACCAGAGGAGAGGUCUGACCUUUGUCAAGGAAAUCACGGACAGGAUCAUGGACCUGGUCAGUAGAAGGAGCGCCAACAGCACCAUCAUCAGCGCCAUCGCAGAGGUUCGCAUCCAGAGACAGCAGUGGCAAAACCCCAACGACCACCUGGUGCCCCUCCUGGUUUCGGUGAUCAUGGUAGUCUGGGUUCUGGCCGUGGUUUCGGUUCUACUGUGGUGCGUCCGGAGGCGGAGGAAGCAAAACACCCACACGGGCGUCAGCACCCAGGCCUCGUUGUCUUUGGCGCCCGCCGUCGAGGACAACAACGCCCUCCAUAACAGCAUCAGCAGCACCCGCGAGCAGCUCAACCACAUCAAAAAUCCCAUCGAGAAAAACCCGCCGAGCCACCAUCAGCAGCAGCAGCAGCAGCGCCGCCUCCUCCUCCACCGCUACCUCUACGAGGACAAGAACUCCGUCAACGCCAAGAUCAGGAAACCCGACGGCGGGAGCCAAUCAGAAGUCGAGGUGGACAAGAGGCUACAGAAAGCACGGUUCCCUUUAGCACCGCCGGCGUACUCACUGGUAGACUGGGAGGAACGAGCUCCCCAUCCGACAACAAGCAAACCCCCCCAGUGGACGAGCAAACAGGACAACAGGAGCGUCAGCAGGGUGGAGUACAUCGUAUAGCCAAAGGAGAUCCCUACUGGUGGAUUACUUUAACACUCGUGUCGACCUGCGGGUCAAAAUUGACCCGUUUUAAAGUUUGAAAAUGUGGGGAAAAAAAUAUUUUCACAGUGAAACUUCUGAUGUCCACAUUUUCAACAUUUUUGGGAAAUCUUUGAACAUUUUUUGGUGGAAAAAAAAGAAAUGUUAAAAUGUUUCUGAAGAACAUUCACAAAAAUUCUACCAAAAUCCAGCAAAUUUUGCUGUCAAUGUUCUUAAAGAAAAUAUUACAAGUUUAACUGAUAUAUAUGGAAUCACUUUAGAUAUUUUAGGGUUUUUUUGGAAGAUUUUUACUCAUUUUUUGAAAUUAUUUACAAGAAUUUUCUUGCCAAAUUGGGGGAUUUUUUUAAAUAAGACUUUUAAGGGAAACCUUUAAGGGAAACUUUUAAGGACUUAUUGGAAUUUUCUUCCUGAAGGUUUUGCAAAUUUUCAGAAAUUUGGGGAUUUUUUUCAGACAAAGAAACAAUAUUUUUUGGUGCCCGUAAAUGAGGACAACAGGAGGGUUAAUGACUCAUUGGGGAUGUUUUGAUCAUUUUUAGCCUUUUUUCUGUUUUUGUUUAACUUUCCUGUUAAAAAUCCAAAAAUUCAGCAAAAAAAAUCCCCAAAUUUCUGAAAAUUUUAAAAACCUUUAGGAAGAAAACUCCAAUAAUUCCUUAAAAGUUUCCCUUCAAAUCUUUUUUUUAAAAAAUCCCCCAAAUUUGGCAAGAAAAUUCUUGUAAAUAUUUUCAAAAAAUGAGUAAAAAUCCUCCAAAAAAAUCCUAAAAACAUCUAAAAUGAUUCCAUAUAUAUAUCAGUAAAACUUCUAAUAUUUUCUUUUAACAACAUUCACAUAAAAAUCAACCAAAAUCCAGUGAAAUUCGCUGUUUUUUUUGUUGAUUUUUAUGUUAAUGUUCUUAAGAAACAUUUUUAACAUUUCUUUUUUUCCACCAUAAAAUGUUCAAAGAUUUCCCAAAAAUGUUGAAAAUAUUGACAUCAGAAGUUUCACUGUGAAAAUAUUUUCUUUUUCCACAUUUUCAAACUUUAAACCGGGUUAAUUUUGACACGCAGGACGACACGAGGGUUAAUACACAGAAUUGAAUUUCAUGAUUUGCUGUUUAAUUUAUGUUGUGACUGACACUGGUCUGAACACUCUUCAGGAAAUGACUGAAACAUUCCUAAAGGAUCUGUUUGUCUUUGAGGAUGCCUCGUUGCACCACAGCACCUGACAAAUGUGGAGAAAACUAUUUAUUUUUAUGUUCUGGGUGGUUGGAUGUGGUCAGUCCAUCGGCAGCUGCUGCCAACAUGAAGAAUCGUCCGUGUAGAAUGUUCCUGUAUAGACGUGUACAUAAUGUUUGAAUGAAUCACUGUCUAUAUUUGGUUUCUUAAUUUAAUUGUCAAGAGCCUGAAGAUAUUCCUUUUUUAUGUGUUUAUGAGUUUAGAGUUGAAGAUUCGACAGCUUUGUAAGCUGCCCACUUUUUGACAGAAAGUUUUUUUUACACCAAAAGUGUUCUGGAAAGAAUAGUUUAUUUUUACCCUUUUGGAUUUGGGCAUUUUUGUGCCUCGGCUAAGUGUUUUAUAUGUUGUUGUAAAUACUUUUCAUGUCGGUGGAAAGGGAGGGGAAGUGCUGGGAGGUUACAGACAGAUAUUGCUGCUGCAGGGUCUUUUUAUACAAACUAAUGUGGUGAUAGAAAAAGAAAUUCUUCAAAGGACGCAACUUGUUUUGUAGUAUUUUUUGUAUAAUGUAACUUUGAGUUGAGGACGGCCUUCGGUUCCUGUCACAAUGAAAGUUCUGCAUUGAACUAGAACAGUCUACAGCUGUUCUGUGACAUGCUGCCUGUAGUUAAUCAGACGAUGAAACGAGGCUGUAGAAACCACGUCUGAUCAGGUGUCAACCUCUUUAAUAUCCGAUGGAGGAAUGAUGAAGAAACUUGUUUUUCUUGCAUGUUUGACCUUCAUGUUUCUGGACCUUGAUAAAUAAAAGUCUUUAAGUUUG